AUGGCUGAAGUUUCGAAAGUUCAUCCGCCGCUUAGCCAGGCAACUGGCUAUGGCCUCAUCCUGGGCCUCGGCUUCGCGUUUGCCGCCGGUAUGAUAGGGACCACCUGGGCUCUAAAGCGCUACCAUGGCGAAGUGCAGACGUCCGAAGCCUUCUCCACCGCCAACCGUACCGUGAAGUCUGGACUGGUGGCCAGUGCAGUGGUCAGCAGCUGGACAUGGGCUGCCACUCUGCUUCAAUCUUCUGGUAUAGCGUACCGUUAUGGCAUCUCUGGUCCUUUUUGGUAUGCUUCCGGUGCAACGGUCCAGAUUAUCCUCUUUGCGACACUGGCCAUUGAACUGAAGCGACGUGCGCCCAACGCGCACACCUUCCUGGAAGUUGUGAAGGCGAGAUAUGGAACCAUCACUCACAUCGUCUUCCUGAUUUUUGGCCUUAUGACGAACAUUCUCGUGACGGCCAUGUUGCUCACGGGUGGCUCGGCGGUCGUCGAGAGUCUGACCGGCGUUCCCACCGUGGCUGGCAACUUCCUGCUCCCAGUAGGCGUCGUGCUGUACACGAUGUUUGGCGGCAUCAAGGCUACCUUCCUCACCGAUUAUGUCCACACAGUCAUCAUCCUGGUUAUUAUCUUCGUAUUUGCUUUCAGCGCCUACGCUACCAACGAGAAUCUUGGCUCCCCUAGCAAGGUCUGGGAACUAUUGACCCAAGCCGGCCGAGACCAUCCAGUCGAUGGUAACCAUGACGGUAGCUAUCUCACGAUGCAAAGCCGCGAAGGGGCCAUCUUCUUCGUGAUCAACAUCGUGGGAAAUUUUGGCACCGUCUUCCUCGAUAACGGAUACUACAACAAGGCCAUCGCUGCCUCGCCAGUCGACGCACUGCCCGGCUACAUCCUCGGCGGACUUUCUUGGUUCGCCAUCCCAUGGCUCUGCGCCACGACCAUGGGUAUGACAGCUCUUUCUCUGGAGAACAACCCCGUCUUUCCGACUUACCCCGGCCGCAUUCCUGAUCACGAAGUGACUGCCGGCCUGGUUCUGCCACACGCUGCUGUUGCGCUUCUCGGCAAAGGCGGUGCCGCCGCGACGGUACUGCUCAUUUUCAUGGCCGUCACCUCUGCUUCGUCCGCCGAAUUGAUCGCUGUCUCAUCUAUCUUCACUUAUGACGUCUACAAGAAUUAUAUCAACCCCAAAGCCACCGGUCGCUUCCUCAUUCGCAUGUCUCAUGUCGCUUGCGUGGUGUACGCAGUCUGCAUGGCUGCUUUUGCUACAGGACUUUUUUAUGCUGGAAUCGGAAUGGGCUACAUAUAUCUGAUGAUGGGCUGCAUUGCAACACAGAUCUCUAGCGCCGUCAUCCCCGCCACCCUGACGCUCACCUGGCCGGGCCAAAACUGGCUCGCCGCAGCCCUCUCCCCCGUCCUUGGCCUAGCCUGCGCGCUCAUCGCCUGGCUCGUAACGGCACAGAAGCAAUGCGGCUCUCUCUCCGUCGCCUGCACAGGCUCUAACUACCCCAUGCUGGCAGGCAACGUGACCGCGCUACUCAGCCCCAUCAUCUUCGUGCCGGUCCUGACGUUCGCGUUCGGCCAGCAAAAGUACGACUGGCUGUCGAUGGCAGCUAUCAACCAAGGCGACGACAGCGACAUCGCGGCGCGACUGAACAUCGACGUCGAGAGCAUUCGUGGCCAGAGCAUCACGACCGAGACGAUCCUGGACGCGGGAGAGCAGAAGCACCUCAAGAAGAGUGCGGUCAUCGCACGCACGAUGACGGUGCUGAUGACUCUUGCGUUCUUGGUCCUGUGGCCAAUGCCCAUGUACGGAAGUGGUUACAUCUUCUCCAAGGGCUUUUUCACGGGAUGGGUCGUCGUCGGCAUCAUGUGGCUGUUCUUCAGCUCCUUCUGUGUCGGGUUGUUCCCACUGUGGCAGGGCCGCAAGACGGCCGUGCACACCAUCAAGUCCGUCAUUCUUGACCUCAGCGGGAAGAAGCAGCCGAGUGCGCUGCACAUCGAGUCGCGGAGCCCUCCGCAGGAAAGCGACACUGGCGAUGUCAGUGAGGAGGUCGCGGAAAUCAAGGAGAAGAAAUGA